AUGGAGCUCAAAGUUUGGGUGGACGGAGUGGUGCGGGUGGUAUGCGGGCUAUCAGAAGAGACAUCCUGCCAGGAUGUAGUCAUCGCUUUGGCUCAGGCAAUAGGUCAGACAGGCCGCUACGUUCUGAUCCAACGUCUGCGGGAUACAGAGCGGCAACUGUUGGCCACAGAAAGACCUCUUGAGUCUCUGGCCAAGUUAGGCCAACACGGCAGUGAGGUCCAGUUCUUUUUACGUCGCACUGGCCCUAGCAGCAGCGAUAGGCCUGGCACAAAACAAGACAAAUUAAGCCCCCUCUCUCUUCCCAAAUUUACUGAGCCAGACCUUUUAAAACGGAGCCAUCCCAAGAAAUCUCUCACAUUCAAUCUUGGUCCAUCAACUUCUCCCAAAGUUAAGCAGUUUCAGAGGUCUCCUCGAGACUCCCCAGACCAGAGAGCUUCACCUUCCUCUUCGCCGAUCCCUGCAGCUCCUCAUGCUCUACCUCCCUCCUCACCAAUAGGUCCAUCAAAAGAGGACGUCUUUAGGGCAGUUCUUCAGCAACAAGAGCGACUAAGGGCCAUUGAAGAACAACUGGAAACCCUUGAAAGAGAGUCUAAUACUUGGGAGCGCCACUACCCAUCUCUGUGUCCUUCACCCAUCUCUGAUUCUCGCUUCCAAGAGGAGCUGGACACUCUGGAGCAAACAAUGCGGAUGAACCAGGCUGAACUCGCCCACGAACAGCACUGGGAGGAGGAGUUCCAAGCUGAGACUGAGCGGGAGCGAGGAAUGAGGAGGAAGCUUGGGGAGCUCCAUGCUAAGUUAGAUGAUUGCGGAAGGCAGCUUCAUGAGUUCGCAUCACGCUCCACUCAGCUAGAGCAAAACAUCCAGCAAGAAAGUCAGAUGGAAGCCAUAAACAAAGGGCCAGAGGAGACCCUUGAUGCUGUGAAAGCAGAGCUCCAGUUCCAGGAAAAGCACGGAACAGAGUUAAAGGAACAUCUCUCUGAGACUGAUAAAGCCCUGGGCAAGACAGAGUCCCUGCUACAGGCCAAACAGGAUGAGCUGGAGGAGUUGAACAAGGAGCUGCGGCAGUGUAACCUGCAGCAAUUUAUUCAACAAGCCGGCGUCCUUCCUGCACACAGCCACUCACGCACAGACCUCCAAGAGCAAUUGGAGCAGUUAGAACUGGCACAUCUUCUACAGGAAGGCUACAGAAAUGGCACAGAAUCACCGCCUCGACCUACUGCCAAACAGUUUCUGGGACAUCCACGCAACCUACAGAACCCCCUUGUGUCCAGCCUCAAUCCUGAGGUACUGACAUCCCGAGAGUCGUCAUGGCGAUAA